GGGUACUAUUACUAUACUAUUGCUAUCUUAUUAUCCCAAAGAAAUUGUAUUUUUAGAAGAAAAUUACUUUGUAUUCCGUGGGAAAUUCGGAUGCACAGUACCAUGGGACGUAAGCUGUCUGUAAUUCUUGUCACUGUAAAGUACCUAGAUAUUGGGCUAGUUGGUUUGGGAUUUAGUGACAAUGCAAUCAGUGUGUGCGCACCAUCAACAAAAUGUUUAUAGAUUAACGGCUCAGUUGCAACUCCCGAUUACCAAUCAGAUCGAUGGACAGCCCCACCCCCGUUAGAGAGGUGGAUGUUCCGUUGACUCCUACUCGUUAUAGUCGAAAUGUUUUGAGGGAUUUGUCUAAAGAUGAACUCGUGGAAAAGGUACUUGAGCUUGAAUCGGUAUUGAACGAGUUCCAAGAAUCUAGUAAGGAACUCGAGCAAGCAUUAGAAGAAGAGUUGCAAGGCUUAGAAGCAGCCAAUGUACAUAUUCAAAAAGCAUUAGAUGCUAAACUGCUCGAGCUAGAAGAGACGAAGGCCAAGAUAGUGGCGAUGAACCAAGAACUAAAUGCGUUACACGAUAGUCAUAAUGAUAGGAUACGAGAGAGCGAGGAAAAGGUAACUUUAUUGAAGCAGCAGUUGGUUUCUGUCGAGAUAGCAAAUGAUAGUAUGGAAUCAAAUGACCGCAUGUUAUCGCAUAAGCUUGAAUUAGCGAAUCAAUUCAACAACGAGCUCCUCGAGAAAAUGGCCAUCUUGGAAAACGAUUACGAGAGAGAGCGGAAGGCUGGUAUGGAGAAGCAACUCUACAUCACAAACUAUCAGAAUGAGGUCAAGGAAUUAAAUAGCAAGAUCGAGAGUUUGGAGCAUAGGUCAGACAGUCCCGACGCUGAUGCUCUGUUCAUAAGUAUGCGUGAAGUAUUAAGUGCUGGCCCACCCUCUACUUCCGAUAAUUAUGGCCAACCCCAGAUGAGAAAGUCCAGCUCACUCAAAAAGCUUCAGGAUAUGACCAAUGAGGUGCAAUCGUUCAUAAGAAAUUCUACAACAACUGGAUUGAAAUCACCCUCUACCACAACCACGACCAACCAGCAUGCCGUUGCUAUAACAGACAUCAUAUCACCAAGUAAGUCCAUAAAAUCUAGCAAGGGCAAAAUAACCCCGUCUCCUUCUAGUACGAAUCUUCACAACGAGAUUAGCCGUCUGUCAAGCUACAAGAGUACAUCCAGUGUCUUUUCUAGGGACUCGAAGAAGAGUGACAUCUCAACGCUGGAUGUGAAAUCGCAGACCAGCAAAAACAGACCAAGGAUUAUAUCCAAAGAGCUUUCACCGAUAAAGGGGUCGCCCAACCCUGAAAGAAUGAUAGAGCUCGACGAAAAGCCCAAAUCUAAACUCAAAUUGUUUGGAAGGUGAGCACAUGGGUACCAAGCAAUGUCUUCCUAAUGCGUAAUAUCACUAACAUAGCACGAUAAGUGUCAACUACACGUUGUAGAAAAGUAGUCAUAUCGCGAGCAUAGACCAGCUGCGUUCGAAGGUCGCAUUAUUGAUUUUGGGAUUUGGUG